CGCACAUUUGGGUCACUGAUUUGAAUUCGCCUUGGAUGUGACGAGGUUCGGCGGUGACGUCACUUCCGGAACGCGGUUCCGUUAGAAAUGGACGACAGUCUUCAGCUGGCAGACGGUGGACAUACUAAAAAUGUUGCCAGAUCAGGCAGAAGAGCUCGUCAGGCUGCUGAGAUGAUGAGCGCUGAAGACUCUCGUCAGAGGAAAUCAUCUUCAUCAGUCAGUAACGCAGCAGAGGGACCUCCACCGAAGCCGGCCCGUCGGCAGGGAGGAUGGGCGGAGGAGAGCACAGGAACCGGAUCUGCCAAGUCUGGACAACGGCCGGCCGUCGAAGAGCUGGAGGACCGGCGACUGAGGCCACAAACCCCCGAGGGCUCCGACAAUGAAAGCGACAUCCCAGUGAUUCCAGACCUGGAGGAGGUUCAAGAGGAAGACCUCACCAUGCAGAUCGCUGCACCACCCAGUAUCCAGGUGAACAGAGUUAUGACCUACAGAGACCUGGACAACGACCUCAUGAAGUACUCGGCUUUUCAGACCCUGGAUGGAGAGAUUGACCUGAAGCUGCUCACGAAGGUUUUAGCCCCGGAGCAGGAGGUGAGAGAGGAGGACGUGGGCUGGGAUUGGGAUCAUCUGUUCACUGAGGUCUCCUCUGAACUCCAGACGGAAUGGGAUCAAGGAGAGCGGGAAGAUCAGUCUCCUCUUCCUGUGGCCUGAGGAUGGAUUUACACGUCAUGUGUUCAAAUAUUGUUCAUAUUGAAUGUGUUUCUUGACGAUGGCGUCGUGUCAUUGCUUGCGCUGUGUGUGUUUCUCAUUAAGGUUAACCUUGCAAACCCAGAAACACUGCUUUUCUUAACUGGAUCAAUCUGGAGACAUUUGUCAUUGUUUGUAGUAUCUGGAAAAAAGCGUAAAUCCAAGGUUAAUGAGUGGAGAAACUAAAAUCCAGUUGAUUGAGUUAAAAUGAACUUUGCACAUCUGAACAAGCCGGCCUUAUCAUUAUUGACCACACCAUCGACCAUUUGAGCUCGUCCUGUUCUCAUGAGCUUCAUUCCUGCGUUUCUAUCACACCGUGUGGAUUAACGUGAUAAGCCAGAAUAUCAAAUAUAUGCAUUUAAUGUCACUAUUUGAAAAAUGUACGUCUCAUGAAAUCAUUCAUAAUCAGUAGUUAAAACUGAAAUGUUUUUUGUUUUUGAUGAUAAUCAGUAUAUAUCUUGCAUAUUAUGUAUUUGUUUUUAAAUGGCUUAAAAGAGGAUCCAUCAUUUUGUCCAGUAGAUUGAAAAUAAAAACUGUAAAAAAUAG